GGCUGUUUACCUCUUGCGGCUCUGAGCCCACCGCGGCACCGCAAGGGGCGUGCAGCCUGUGCUUAAUGCCGCUUGGGUAGACUGUUGCAAUUCAAAGUGCAUCAUCUGCUCUACGGUACUCACACCAGAAGGAGAGGGACUGGCAUGGGGGCUGACAAGGAGUUGGAGAGGGGCUAGAUGAACUGAACACCGAAUCGGCAGCAGCUUCCAGAGGCCGGAAGCCGCGAGUCUCGGUGGCUGUUACUGCCGCGGCACGGUUGGUUGGUGGGUUAGUGCGAAUCGGAUUGUCUAGUCUUUAAGACCACUCUAAAUCGGCCACCAACCACAUCCCAAAUCGCCUUUUACCCUUCCCCAGAAGGCAGAAGUCCGAGGCCUGCUCUAGGUAGGGGGUCUUCCGGUAAGCCCCACACCCCCUCCCCUAUCUGCGCGGCCGCCGCAGCGGCAUCCACAGUACCGCGUAAGGGUCUUUGCUUGAUUUUUUUCCGCAGUGCACCGCCGAGACCCUUAUUUCUACUGCGUCACCAUCCACAUAAACAAAACGAGCCUUGACUGCGUCACGCUAAAUCGCUACUCAGAACCCCCAUCCCGAAGUGUAAUGGGGAAGGGGGACGUUGAAGGGAUUUACCAGAGCUAUCCUCCACAAACAGCAAACAAAAUAAAUAAAUAAAUAAAUAAAUAAAACUGCCCCGGAGCAUUUUAAAAAACAAAUUGUGUGUUCGCAUUUGGGAGCUUCUCAUCCUUCGCCACCUCGCCGCCUUUCCGGUGGGCUCACGACCACCUGUCGCAUUUGUAUGCACGCGCCUCUACCCCUUCGCAUGUAUCUUAAAGGCUCCUUUUCACGACUUGGAGCUGAAUAUGGGUAAUUGCCCGAGUCUGGGGUCUUCAGAUAAGGAGUUUGCCGCAUACUGGGGUAAUCUGGGGUGAUGGAGCCCUCCUGCAGUCCCUCCUCCCCUCGCGAAGAAUCAGAUGGGGCGGGAGGGUUUCUGCUCCUGUACUCAGACAGACCAAUGCCCACGUCUUACGUCACGUGUCCCAGCAACGCGCGCACGGGGAGCGCGCGCUCGCACUGGCCAAGAGAAAAGCGAGCAAGAGAGACUCAGAAUCAGUCCGGGAGAGGAGAGGAAGGAGGAAGGAGCUGAGCGUCCCUACGAGGCCUGCGCUCAUCAGCCCCCUUACCCAAAGUCGGGAACGGCCGGCACUGGGAGCCAGCUCCCGGAGCCGGCUCAGUACUGAGACCGGCGUCCUCUGGCGGCAGAGAAACAGUUUUGCUUACGAUUUUCGAGACGAAUCGGCACGCUCCUAAUUGCCAAGAAGGCGGGGCUAAACUAUAAAAAAGUACGAAGAAGAAAGAGAAAAGUCCUUCGUGUGACUGGCCGACCACAGCCCGAAUGGGUAAGGGUGACUAGGAAGGCUCCAGACUCUUAUCAGCAAGAAAUGAGCUGCUUCAGCCAUGAUUUUGCACUUUAGCCCCUGAGCAUCCGUCCUUACAACGGUUGGAAACUGAGGCUGCAAAACUUUCCAGCCUAUACUUGAAUACUUAAAAAAAAAUUUUUUUUUCACCCUAGUUUGGCUGGGUGCUCCGUCUUACGGGGCCCCAAAUUUAUUUUGAAAAACCGCCACCGUGUUAUGGGCAUGCGCAACUGCCUCCACGGCAACAAUAUGCCAGGACAACCAAAUAUCCCCGCUGAAGUCGGCGAACAGCCCGAGCAAGAACCUUUGGAGGCCCCAGGGGCAGCUGCCCCCGGUGCUGGGCCUGGCCCAGCCGAAGAAAUGGAGACCGAACCGACUGACAAUGAGCCCAUCCCCGACGAGACUGGCGAUGAGGUCUGUGGACCCCCUGAAGUCUCCAGAUCUGAUGUCCAGGGCCUCCGCCAGGCCGUCGAGGAAGUCCGAGUGGGUGGAGACUACAGCCCACCUCCGGAGGAAGCCAUGCCAUUUGAGACCACACAGCCCAACCUCGGAGAUUUCUGGCCCAUCCUGGAGCAGUCUGGAACAUCUGGGACCCAAGCAGCCCUCAAAACCUUCAACCCAGCGCUUUUGGAGCCCGGGACCCCCAGUGGUGCGAGCCCAGGCCUGGGAACCUACAGCCCCCCACCAGAAGAAGCUAUGCCAUUUGAGUUCAACGAACCUGCCCAGGAAGGUGGUAGCCAGUCGCCCUUGCAAUUCCCGAUCCUUGCUCCAGGAGGUCCGGAAGCAGAAGUCCUCAGAGCGCUUCCCGCGGAGCCCGGGAACUUCAGAUUUGCAAAUGCUGGCUUCCGAGAUGACUACGGCCCUCCACCUGAAGAGUCCGUGCCAUUUGGGCUCGAUGGAGAAGAAUUUGGGGGCGAUAGCCCACCCCCAGGGCUCCCCCGAGUCAUGCGACAAAUCGGCAUUGGCGGCGAGUUCCCGUCAGUCGCGGUCCCGAGUGCGCUCAGCCUCGCUCCCGGCGAGAACGCGCCUCCCCUCUUGGUCCACAGCGCCAUUGACAGACCGUUCAGCGAGGCUAUCAGAUCUCCUCCCAACUUCGCAUGCGACACCCCCCCGAUGGAGAUCUCCAGACCCCUGCUUGAGAUUGGCAGAGCCUCCGCUGGGGUCGACGACGACACCACUGUCAAUAUGGACGCCCCCCCAAUCGCAAGUGAUGGCCCGCCCAUCGAAGUCUCCGGAGCCCCAGAUAAGAGCGAGCACGCAGAGAGACCCCCAGUUGAGCGAGAAGCAGCCGAGAUGGAAGGAAGCCCUACCACCGCAGCUGCGGUGGAAGGAGAAGUCCCUUCUCCGGAGAGAAGAGACGGAUCCUUCACCCAGCCAGAAGCCAUGGAUCCCAGCCCAGUACCUGAUGCCCGAGCCGUCGUCACCGAACCUGACGCAGCCACCAGCGGAUCUCCUCCGGCCACAGCAACACCCGCGGAUCUCCAAGCCGAUCCUGAAGAACUCGGAGAAGCCUCUGCUGUCCGCGCAGAUCCUGACGGAGGGGCAGCCCCAGUCGCCCCAACCACCCCUGCCGAGUCUGAAGGCGGCGGAGAGCCAGCCGCGGAGCCAGCCGUGGAGCCAGCCGCGGAGCCAGCCGUGGAGCCAGCCGUGGAGCCAGCCGUGGAGCCAGCAGGCGAGCCAGUCUCCGAGGCAGUCCCUGCCGCCAAGGCCGAGUCUGCCUCCGGGGCAGCCCCCGACAUCCAGGUGGAGCCCGCAGUCGCGGCAGUCUCUGCCACCUCGGCGGAGCCUGCCGCCCGGGCAGUCCCCGUUACCCCUCCGGAGCCCGCUCCCCGGCCAAUCCCCACUGCCAGAGCUCACCCAGCUGCGGGGGCAGUCCCUGGCGCCCCAGCGAUGUCAUCCUCCGCUAGGGCAGCUGCCGCUAGGGCAGCCUAUGCAGGUCCUCUGGUCUGGGGAGCCAGGUCACUCUCGGCUACUCCCGCGGCCCGGGCAUGCCUCCCUGCCCGCGCAGCUGCCGCCGCCCGGGCAGCCUCCGCUGCCCGGGCAGUUGCUGCCGGCCACUCGAUCGCUGAAGCCCGGGCCAUGUCUAUCCGGGGAUUCCCUCCUGCCCCAAGCAGAGCCCAUCUUAGACCCCCCAGCCCCGAGAUCCAGGUGGCUGACCCGCCUACUCCGCGGCCUGGUCCGAGGCCGGCUGCCUGGCCCGACAAGUAUGAGCGUGGCCGAAGCGGCUUCAGGUACGAGGAGGCGUCGUCCGUCAUCUGUGAGAUCGACUCCUCUAGUGAUGAGUCGGAAGAAGGGGCCAACGGCUGCUUCCAGUGGCUUCUGCGGCGAAACCGCCGCCCCGGCCAGCUCCGGCGCCACUCGGUCGGGUGCAACCCAGUCCGCAACUUCUUCAUCCGAACCUUCGGAAGCUGCUUCGGUCUAUCCGAGAGAUCCCGUUCCCUCAGCCCCGGGAAGGUCAAGGAUCCUUUCGAGGAGAGGCGCAAACAGAUGCGCAAAGAAGCCAUUGAGAUGCGAGAGCGGAUGCGCGCAGACAAGAAACGCAGCAAGGCCAUCGACAAGCAACUGGAGGAGGAGAAGAUGGACUACAUGUGUACGCACCGCUUGCUGCUUCUAGGGAGAAAAGUGGUGCCGAGCCACACUGAGGGUCGUUACCGGCCGGAGGCCAGCGCCAGCGCCAGCGGUCGUAGGCUGGACAGGCGGGGGCGUGAGGUGAGCCAGGAACUGCUGGGGAGGGCCCUUCGGGGCUCCCCCGGCUCGAUUGUUCGUGACCGCGGUGGGCUAGGGCCAUCGGGGGUGCGCGCCCCCGCCUCGCCUGGCACGGCUGCUUCGACUCAGACAGCUUGUUGUUAGUGUGUGUUGGUGUCCAUUUUCUGUGUUCGCCUGUGCAUGACAUGCUCAGUGUGUCCCAGUUUCCAUCCCUGGCACCUUCAAUGUACCCGCCGAUUGUGUAUUUGUACUCUGAAAUGGGCUGUCUUGUGAUUUGCGCCAUGGCGCGAGCAAAACUUUCCGUAUUGGCACACUCAGUGGUACCUGUGCGUGGACUCUCUGCAUCUAGCAGAGGGAAAAACGCGCAGGGAAAGGUGGUGGGGCAUCCUGGGUAAUCUGCUGGGCCGCUGGCCCGGGGGAGUGGGGCCGCAGCCGCGGGCCUCCAUAACCUUUUUCCCCUGUAUGUUUUUCUCUCUUUUUUCCUUUGCGCUAAGCAUUUCCUCACUUCUCAAUACGUACGUCAAACCCUCCCGCCUUAACGGUUGAAAAACCAGACACUCAGGUAUCUGGGGCUUUGGGGUUAUUCAUAACAUCUGUAUCUUGUAUUCUGCACACACACACACACACAC